UGGGGCCACAAAUGACCAUAUUCUGUACGAUGUCUUUAUUCGGGCUGAAUGGUCCCUUGGAGCAGAAAAUUUGAACAAGACUGGGUUUGAUAUUGGUCAGCUGAGAGGAUCACUACCCAAGAAAUUCUUGACAGUUGCACAAAAUUCCUUUUGGUGGUUGGUGAGAGGCAUUCAGUACACUGUUAGUGGGAGUAAUCAGAUAUUGGGGCUUCCAACACAGCUCUACAAAAUUAUAAGCAGCUCACUCAACUGGCAGUUUGCUCUAUCCAGUGAUGGAAAGCUCCUUGCAGUACUUCAAGAAAGUUGCAUUGAGAUUAGAUCAUUUAUAGAUGACUUUGAAUCAGUUAUUGCAAAAUGCACGGUCGAGGAAGACGACUGUCCACAGUGGAGAAAGCUGGCUUGGAGUGAAGAUUGUUCUAUGCUAGCUUGUUCUUACAGCUCUGGGGACAUAGUUGUUUUUGCCCUUGCUGGAGAACUUCUCUUCACAAUUCCGAAGACCCUUAGGACCAUUCCCUCAGAUCUCAGUGAUAGCAUCACUGGACUUGUUUUUAUUGAACAUAAACACAGCUCACAGUGGUCUGCAGAGCUCUUGGUGAUAAAUUUCAGCGGUACACUGAACAACUACCUGGUCAGUGCAACAAAUGGCUUUCAAAAGAACUACAGCUUCUCCUUUGCCAACAUUCUUCCUCAUGGAGUAUGCAGUGUUGUUUACCAUCCUAAACACAGCCUGUUGAUAAUUGGUAGUCUAACAAGUCAAGGACAGAGAGCUUCAGCAGAUGAGCUUUGUCCAGCUUCUCUCUAUGGUUUGACUACUUGGAGGAUUCUCUCAGGAUUUCCCCAUUUUAAUCUCAUUGAAGAUGAAGGCACAGCUUUGAUGAAAUUUGGUUCUGGGAUACUAAAUAAACUUAGAAGUCUCCCACUGCUUAAUCCAGGAAAUGACAGACAGGAUGGUGUGGUUUACAUGUCCCUGUCUCCAGAUGGCACCAAGCUGGCUGCAUUACACUUGUCAGGAACUCUGUCUUUGUGGCAAGUACCUUCACUCAGAUGUCAGAGAAUGUGGACCAAAGAUGAACAGCCCUCAGUCAAGAAUCAUGAAGAACAUCCUGUCUUUCCAGUGUCAAAACCAUUGGAUUCUAACAAGGAUUCAUCUUUCUUUGGAUUAAUUGAUGUCAAUUGGUGGACAGAGGAGGCCUUAAUUUUGUCCCACAGUAUUGGGGCUCUUACUGUUUCCUCUGUGGAAAAGAGUCUUUAUAACUUACUUGGCAGCCACCCAGAAAUGUGUGAGCCGUGGUCUCGCAUUACUGCUGCUCAUGAUAAAGGAUUCCUCAUUCUUGAGUGUGAAAAUAAAAUCAAGAGCCUGCAGUCAAAGAUUUUACUCAAUAAUGAUGGAGAUGAUCAUGGUGAUCAGUUUGAAGGGAGAGACAGCAAGUCAGAAAGUGAUGAGGAUGAUGAGGAGGAAACAACCUUCAUGUCAAGAAAGGAAGACGGCAAGUCAGAAAGUGAUGAGGAUGAUGAUGAGGAAACAACUUUCAUGUCAAGAACAAAACAUUUUACCAAUCAGGUCCUGUUUUUCCUAACUGAAAGUGAAAGGUUUCAGCAGCCUGUGAAGAUACGAAGAGUGCUUCAGAGGACAUAUCGACUUGUGUGUUUAAGGUCAACAACACCAGAGGAACUAUAUGCCAGGAAGAUUGAGCUUGAGGAGUAUGGUGAAGCUCUUGUUCUUGCACAAACUUAUGGACUUGACAGUGACUUGGUUUAUCAGAAGCAAUGGAGGAAAUCCCCUGUCUCAGUAGCUUCAAUUCAUGAUUAUUUGAGUAAAGUGAAGAAUCGUUUGUGGGUUCUUAAUGAGUGUGUGGUGAGAGUCCCAGAAACAUAUGAGGCAGCAAAGCAGUUGCUGCUGUAUGGUCUUCAUGGAACAGAUGUUAAGGUGGUGAAAGCUUUGGGUGGUGAAAUGGGUCCUCUGCCAUUUAUAAUAAAAACAAAGAAGGAUGAAGAAGGUGAAGACAAUAAUGAGAAAAAGGAAAAGAAACUGAAGGAGGUUGAAGAGUUUCUUGAAUUUGAAAGUUUCAACCUGGAACAAAGAGGCAUCUGCAUGUAUCGCCUGAAGCUUCUUCAAUACCUUGACCGCCUUUCAACUUAUGAGGUUAUUUUGGGAGGAGUUCAUAUGGCUCAUGAGGAAUAUUGCCACACUUUCUUUGAGAGAUUUAGAGAGUUGAACAUUUUGCAAGCUGCUGUGGAGUAUGCCAGGGAGGGAAAUUGGGAAGCAUUAGAUGUUAUCUUCACUUAUCAUGGCAAAGAGACAAUUCCCCACAGGCUUGCUAUUCUUUCUAACUUUGAUGAGACAAUUCCUCCAUUUGAGUACAGCACUCUUCUUCCAGAAGCAGGUUUCCCAGCAGAGGAUCCAGAAAUUUUGGAAUGGGAUGAAAAGUCUUGGAGAGAUGUAGAUUGGGUAGAGAAUGUAAAGUGCAAAAAAAUCUUUGGUUGGGACCACAGUGACAACUCCACUGAAUUUAUUUACCUUGAAAACCCUGAUUUGCAACUGUAUAGGUGUAAACUUACUUCUGAUGUCGUGACUCAGUGGUACAGAAAUAGAGCUUGUGAGAUAGAACAUCGCUCCCAGCAGGUAGAGAACUCUUUGCAACUAAUAAAGCUUGGAAUGGAAAGAAGAAUCAAGGGGCUUGAAGAUCUUCAGGAUGAUCUUGUUACACUUGAAGUGCUGAUAUAUGAGAGUUGUGCAGAUGUGUAUCUCAAUUUGGAGAGUUUUCAAAGCAUGAAUGAACUGGAAAAGCUGAGGAUGCUGUUGAAGAAGUCUACAGAGGAAUCAUUCAUUGUUGACUUCAAGAGCUGGGUCCUUCCGUUUUUGCAACGUCUAAGAAGACGCAAAAAGAAAUCUCAAGUGAAUCUGAUCCAUCACUAUUUAACAGACAUUGCCAAGACUGACCUGACCUAUGUGCUCAAAAUCUUCCAGAAUUCCACUCCAGAGAUCAAAGAACCUAUCAUAGCAGAUGUAGCCGAACAGAUGAAACUUGCACUGGUUUGCAUUUAUAUCACAAAAAGGUUUGAUCAGCUGAGUUUGGCCUUCAGUAUUCUGGAAUGUCUUCCAAGCAGCAGUGAGGAUGUUCUUUCAGAUCAGAUCCGUGAAUUAAACAAAAAAGUUGAUCAACUGGAGGUGCACUUGUGUGCCACUGAGACUCUAGCCAAACAUGGUCUUGAAAAGCCAGUGUCAUUUGUCCUUGACACCCAUAAUAACUCAGAAGAAACCACAUCUCUAAUGGUAAACAUAACAGAGGCUGCAGCCAAACAGAGUCCACCAUUAAAGGAAGCUCAGUGGAUUGGACUCCUUGGUGACAUGUUGACCCUUCAAAAAGAAGUUUACACUUGCAUUGAGCCAUCUGUGUGUUAUGAGAUCUACACAGAGACACUAUUGCAUUCUGGCAGACAAGAGUGUAUCCAGCUUGCAGGGCAGAUGAUCUGUAAGACAGCUAUGGAGGAUGACUACCCAGAGCCAACUAACCCUGUUACUGGUCCACGUAUCAAGUGUUCCAGAGGCAUAGAGCUUGUUUUAGAAGCUUCAAAAGAGUAUUUUAACUCCUCAGCUGAUCUGACUGACAAGGCCAUGGAUCUUGCAAGGGACUGUUUGAAUCUUAUUGAGGAUCGCUCAGCAGCCCUGCAGGAAGAGUUUGAUUUGAUUGCUGCCUUGGCACUGCUAGAUGAUUUUGGUAUCACAAUUCUCCCUUUGCAAGUGCGUUUGUGUGAAGAUAAACUCACUCUGAUCAGACAAGUGUUACAAUCAUCAACCUUAGCCUAUAAAAAGAAGCAAAAGAUUUUACAUUUAGCAAGCCUCCUUCAGAUCUCAGGCUCAGAUGAAAAAUUGCGGUAUGGCCGUGUGCUCAUGUUGACUGCUGAGUCUGCCAUUCAGGCCCUUCACUACUCCUUUGCAUGUGCAAUAUGCCAGAAUCUAAUGACCACGGACUACAGCUCUGUAUGGACCAUCUGCAGGAUUCUUGGAGAGUGUGAAGAGUUUAAAGACCUCAAAGCAAGGCAAAGCCUUUUAGCGUUUGCCCUUACUCACUGCUUACCAGAUGAAUUGGAGUCUCUCCUUAAAUCCAGAAGUCUGCUAGAGACACAGAUUUUGUAUCAAGAUUUGAAUCAGCACAUGCAAGUGACAGAUCAGGGAAUGGAAUCUUCUUCAGAUCAGAGUCUCUUGACACAAUCUAAAUCCUUGCUGUCAGCUGUAGGCCACAAUAAAUUUUGGAAGAGCACUAUGAAAUGGAUCAGACCGCUUCAGGAUGAUCAGAUGACAUUAUCCAACAGUGAACUAAUCAAACCAACCUCACAGGCCAUAAACACACACCGAUUUCACCCUUUUUAUCAGUCACUGGUGGAAAGAAAUUUGACAAGAAUGAAAGAGGAUAAAUUACCAUAUGAAGAACACAUUGCAAAGCAGAUGGCAAACAAGCCUCUGCUUUUCAGUCGUUGUUUACUAAGGACACAGAAGCUGUCUGAGAGUAGAUGUGAAGGAGAGAUUGUUGAGCCUACUGAUGAAGUUUUAAUACAGUUAGCAGAGUCAAUUCUAGAAGAAGACACUACUCUUGGGAUAGGAUAUUUAUUGGCACUACACGAGGCAUCAGAAGUGAAUGAAUUUUUCAGCAGUUUUGGCAAUAGUUACCUAUGUCUUCACAUGGCAGCAUACUGCUUUGCUGUUAGCACCUACAGCAUCCUUCAACCUUCGCUGUCAACUCAUCAAGCUGAUGUUUACCAUCACUUGCCGUCUGACAUUACCGAUCAUGUCAUGAGUCACAUCACUGCUGGUCUGCACAAUAACUGGCCGAAAAAGUCACAGGAUUUUGCAAAUUUCCUCGUCCAGUAUCACAACCAUAUGGCUGACUUUACCCAGGGACAACUGCUCCAGAGCUUGGGAAAGGGAGUUGACAUAGGUCGUUUUGCACAGGAUCCAGAGUAUAAGCGAGAGACCAUCCUGGGAUUAGCCAUGGCACUUGAGGAAGAAGUUUUCAGCACUGCAAUGUCUUUAGCUGAACGUUAUGAUGUGUCCAAAUGGGAGAUGUUUAUGACACAUUUGGAAAGUCUCUUCUUGGACAGCAACUUGUCAACAAAAGAGAUUCAAGAAAGAGUUAACAAACUUGAAAUCAUGAACACCUUACUUCAGGAUCCAAGCAAAGUACUGGAACGAAUGCAAGAGAAUGUGUAUGUGACAAUUGAUGGCACCAAACAAGCUAGGUUGAUUUACUACUAUAUGUUGCUUGAACACUGUGAGGAGAAAGAUAACACCUUAAAGGAUAAGAUAGAUGCUCAGACUCAUCUCAGAAUACUGAAGAAAAUAAAAUCUGCUGCCCCUGGUCUGGAUUAUAAAAAACUCACCACAGUAGACUCACCUCUUCAGGUGCUAAAGCCUGUGCUGACAGAAGCCAAUUUUAAUUUGUUGGCAAAGCUAGCAACAAAGAUCCCUACCAAGGAUGGUAGCUCUCUAGAAUCUUCAAGUGUGUACAGAGUCUAUGUAGAGAAACUCUUUUGGGAAGGAGAGCAGAAGGCUAAAGAAAGUGAAGCAGAUCAACCAGUUGACUGGUCUCAGCGUUAUGAUAUAUGUCACAAACAGCUACCUCGCCUUUCGGCUCAAGGCAUUCAACAGUUUGUUGAUUCUAUAACAUUCAGUGAGUUAGCUGUGGACACCAUACCAGUUGAGAACAGGGUAGAAAUUGUGAACAGAGCCUUGAGAUUUGUUCGACAACAAGAUGCUGCCCUGAAGAAAAAGGGAAUCAGUGAUACCCAGGAUGAAAGUGGUCUGGGGCAGAAUGUUUCCUUUGGGCAAGUCAUAAACCAUUUGGAACAGUCUUGUAGACACCUGGAGUCCCUUGCCGAUCCCCUUAUUUAUGAAUUGACAGAACAUGACGAGGAGAUGGGUACAAGCUAUGCUCGACUGUUUGCACUGUCCCGAUCUGAACCACUUGAGAUCUGUGAGCUAGUGUCACUUAUGCUGAUUGGAGGUGCAUCUUUGGACAUGAUCAAUGAGCUCCUUUUGCUAGCCUCUCGCCAAAAACCACAGACAGGAAGGGUGGGAAAAGCAGUACAGCAAACCCUUAAAGUUGUGCUGGAAUCUUUCAGUGAAACAACAAAAUCUUCUCAUCCCUGGCUUGGCAACAAGAGACCCAUUGAUGUUUUAAGGACAAUUCUUCAGACAGUAAGCAUGCAUGUUGAAAAGGGAGGAACAAUGACCAAUCAAGAGGAUGUAUUGGAGUGUUUACGACCUUUCUGUGCAGAUGUAGCUGUGCCUGCUGCAAUAAAGACUGAAGUUCUUCAGUUAAUGGAAGAGUCCUUUGACCUCAGCGGAGAAGACACAUUUCUUUUGAUAUUUUAUCAAACUGAUGCCAUUGUGUCGUCAACAUGGAACAGAAAGCUUAUACUGGAAGACAUUGAUAGUGAUACUAAGAGGCACCGACUGUUUGAGAUUCUUUUGAGUGAAAGCCUCUCUCUCUCACAGCUGCUUUGUUUGGGAACCCUCUUGCAGAUAUGGCCUGUUCUUGCAGCUACAGAACUCAAUGAGGAACCAUCAGCAAACCCUUGGGUGCAACUAAUGGACAAAAUUAUUCGAUGUCAUGGUGAUGGAGAGAGUGUGAUUGACAUGUUAAAACAGCUCUGCCGUACAACAAGUCUCACCAUAGAGUGCUGCUCUCAUGUGUACAAUUUGAUGUUGCUUAAGUGCAAAACCCUCUAUGCAUUGAAAUUUGCCUUGGUUUCAAAGAUGGAAGCUAUGCAUCACCUUGCAUUAGAAAACAUGAAGAGUCUCAAGGCCAACUCAAAUUCCUAUGAUGAUGAACUCCUGGAACUUAUUAUUUCUCUUGGCCUAACAGCAGAUGUUGCAAAAACACCCUUCCUAACCUCUCUGAUCAGCUAUGUUACCAGCCACCCUGAUGGACCUGUGGACACUGAGGCAGUUGAAGAGACAACUGAAUUAUCUCAUGCAGGUGCACGAGUCAAACUGGUUGCCUCCCAGUUACAGGCCGCUGGCCACUGGGGUGAGGCAGGAACAUUAAUGUUGAAUUAUCACGGAACACAUCCAGCUUUGAGGACCUUUGAUGGUGCACUGGGUGCCUUGUCAAGAUGGCUCAGAAGAUAAAAAUGUUCCACUAUGCCAUCGACCUUUGCAUGUGUUAUCAAGAACUAAUCUGGGUUUGAACUCUUCUUGUGCUGAAGCAAAUUAUUUAAAUUAGGAAUUGAGCUUCAUGAAGAGUUCCAGAAAAAGCACCGUGAUGGUAAUUUUUUGUUUGGAUGUCUUUGGAUGUAUUAGGGGUGGGAACAAACUCUUUGGAGGGGUGUGAGGUACAAGCAGGCAAAGUCUGCAAGAAGUGCAAUUUCAAUUUGGCUGCAUGUAUCGAUAUCAAUAACCAGUUUAUCUUUAAAGGCUUAACUGCCACAGAGAUAGCUCUGCCAACUGAGCUGCUCCUUUAAGGCCAUUAAAAAUUUGCUCAAGUCUUGUAGUGCAAUCUUGUUCCUUGAUAACUGCAGUUCUACUUAGUCUGGCCUAUAUGCAGGGGCAAUAUUCUGAUGUGAACCAAAAAGAAUAUGUUGGAUUUUAGAAAAAGUAACGCAAUUGAUUUAACAAAAGUCACUAUUAAUAAUAAUUAUGUUAGUCUUCCACAAGACCAAAAUACAAGUCUGGAAUGAUCAUGGAAUUUUAAAUUGAUUGAUGGAUGUUUGCCUGUAAAGCAUUAAAUUAUUGGUUUCUGUCAAA